AUGGCGAAGAAUCUCGAAACCAGACCGUCCGUUUCGGAUCUGGAGGAGGACAAUCGCUGGGUGGCUCUUGCGCAGAAGCAUUGGUUGAAGCAGAGCAAAAUUCGCAAGAUCAAACAAGAUGUUAUCAAGAACGAGAUCUGGGAUCCGUUGGAAGCUGAAGGAUUUACUGCCCGCUCGCUGUUAACGCUGGAAAAUUUGAAUAUCCUGGAAAAGUAUCUUUGGCCCACCUAUACCGAAGAUGCGUCAAACCAUCACGUUCUACUUAUCGCCGUGAUUGUGGGAAUUAAAAAGGGAGAACAUCUGCCAAUUUGGGAGCACUUUGCCGAUCGCCCUGACAGCUUCUCCAAUCUUUUCCAUCGCAUCCUUUCUCUGAGUUUGGACACAUCGCUUUCCACUUUCUCAAGGCUUUCAGCUCUGUCCUUCAUCAUCAGCGGCUUUCAAUCUCUCGAGAAUGGUUUGAUCAGGAAGGAAUGCGCGCCUCUAGUAUCUAUUUCCAUCUGGCACAACCUUUCGAGCGAGACCACAAGGAAUCAGACAUUGGAAAAGGCGCCAAUGUUGAAGAAGGCAUGGCGCGCAGCAGCUAAGAGAUACGAAGCAGCCGAUGAGUCGAUGAAGGCAAAGAUUCGAUUCGAGAGGGCAUGGCUUUACACUUUGAUCUUGGAUUUUCUCCAGAGAGUCAGUACGCCAGAUCAAGCCCAAGCUGACAACAUUCGAUACUGCGAACGAUUUCUUGAACUACUUGUGGAUCUAAAUAGCCAAUUACCAACAAGGAGAUACGUCAACACUCUGCUGCAAGACCUCAAUAUUCUGGCGGUGAUUCGACUUUCGGAGCUUUACAAAAACCCAAAUAAUUCCUUGAUACGUGACUUCUUCGCGUUGUUGCACCAUUUCAUGAACUUUGCCAUCGAUGACUACACUGGUGAACCUCUAUCUAUACAAGCGACAUAUGAUAUUCAUUGUCAACGUCUGGCUCGGCUGCAAAGGACGGCGAUCAAGCAUUUCAAGGAUAAACUCACCAUUCUAGCUUUGUCUAAUUACGGGUCUAUCGAGCAACGUUCAGAACUAGAAGGUAGUUUGUCCAUGUUGAAUGAUACAGAACUCGAGGGUCUCUGCGCCCGUCUUGGGUUCAGGACCAGCUAUCCUAAGCAGUCUCAUGUGACGGCUCAUCGCCAAUUGUAUCUCGAAAUCUUGGUGUCUUACUUCGAAAACAAACCAUCUUUCCAAGAAUCAGCUGGUAAGCUCUGUAUUUUACCGACAGAAGAGAGCCUCUAUGAGCCGGCUUUGCUACGAAACGAAACCUAUGACGGAUCACGGCCGCUUGCUAUACCUAAGCUUAAUCUUCAGUAUCUCAGCCUGGGCGACUUCUUAUGGCGGUCAUUUAUGUUGUAUCGAUCAGAAGCUUUCUUCUCCAUUCGCAAGGACCUUGAGGCUGUAAUGAAACGCUUACAGCCGAGGAUCAACAAAUCAACUCGCGAGGUCGUGUUUGAUGGUUUCACUAAGAUGGCUAUUCCCAUUUCCAAACCCGCAAUCAUUGAAGUCGCGCAACCUAAGGUAGGAUCCUCCAAGCCUGCCUUUGUUCGUGCCGAAAUCACUCUGGAAGUAGGCCGGCUGGCGGACAACAUACGAAAAGAGUGGGAAGCUUUACGACCAGACGAUACUGUGUUCCUCCUCGCAAUUACUUCCCCAGCGGCUUCGACGACCUUGAAUCUGACAGACAAGCCUUCUCUCACUUACGUUCGUACGGCUGAUGUCGUACAAGUCUUGGAUGAAAAUGGUCGUGUUUUGCGCGAGCCUCAAAACCAGUCGGAAAAUGGAUUUUCCCGGCGACCCCGGAUCAGGAGACUGCUAUUGAAUCUUGAUGCUGAUGCUUUUCAAGCAGAUCAAGAUCGACAAGCUCAGGGGAAACGAGAAGUUUACCCAAUGAUCAACGUCAUUGUAAGAAGAAAGGGAAGAGAAAACAAUUUCAAAUCAAUGUUACAAACGAUGCAACAACUCAUCACAUCAGAUAUUGCAUUACCAUCUUGGCUUCAGGAGAUAUUCCUUGGUUAUGGCGAUCCUGCUAGUGCCCGUUAUACUGAGCUUCCAAAUCGAGUCAAGUCAAUCGAUUUCCGCGAUACUUUUCUGGAUUGGCAACAUUUGGUAGAGAGCUUUCCUGGCAAGACAAUUGAGCCUUCAAGCAAAGAGUCCUCAAGCUUUGGGCCUCCAUACGUUCUACAGAUGGUAGAUGAGCCCCAUGAUCAGAGUGCAGGAAACACUUCAAAGAAACGCCGACGCGGCCAAGUGGAGACACAGGCAGAGUCUAGCUCUAUUCACGUGUCAACGUACAAACCUCCUAACCCCGGGCCAUAUCCCGUGGAUGCUCCUAAACUUAAUACAAUCCGAUAUACGCCCGCACAAGUCGAAGCAAUCACAUCCGGGACACAGCCCGGUUUGUCUGUCGUAGUUGGACCUCCUGGUACAGGAAAGACGGACGUGGCAACACAGAUCAUAAACCUCAUUUAUCAUAAUUUCCCUUCCGAACGUACCCUUUUGAUUGCACACAGCAAUCAGGCUUUGAAUCAACUCUUUCAAAAGAUCGUCUCUCUCGAUAUUGAUCAGCGUCAUCUCCUACGAUUAGGUCAUGGCGAGGAGGAGCUGGAGACAGAGACCAGUUACAGCAAAUAUGGACGGGUUGAAUCUUUCCUCGAGAACCGCACACAUUUAUUGGCCGAAGUUGAUCGACUGGCAGCUUCAAUCGGGGCUUUAGGCGCACAUGGCAGCUCGUGUGAGACAGCGGAAUAUUUCGACACCGUUUACAUCCAACCAGCAUGGACAAAGUUCUGGGAUAAGGCACACUCAGAGUCGGCUUCCGUAGAAGAUAUUGCGGUUACCUUCCCAUUUCACGCCUAUUUCUCAAAUGCGCCAAAUCCAUUGUUUACUCCGGGAAGCUCCAAGGAUGAUGUUCUUGAUGCUGCAGCCGGAGCACAGAGACAUAUCGAUAAGAUCUUCUCGGAAUUGGCAGACAUUCGUCCUUUUGAGAUCCUGAGACAACCUCGGGACCGCGCUAAUUACCUACUCAUCAAAGAAGCCAGGAUCAUUGCAAUGACUUCGACCCAUGCAGCUAUGCGUCGACAAGAAAUUGCCGACUUGGGUUUCCGUUACGACAAUGUCGUUAUGGAAGAGGCAGCACAGAUUACCGAAAUCGAAACUUUUAUCCCCCUCGCAUUGCAGAACAUGGAAGAUGGUCAACUACCAUUGAAGCGGGUCGUGCUGUGUGGUGAUCAUUACCAGAAUUCACCUAUCGUGCAGAAUCUUGCAUUCAGACAAUAUGCCAACUUUGAACAAAGUCUUUUCCUUAGGCUUGUACGAUUAGGCGUGCCCACAGUCACACUCGACCAACAAGGCCGAGCACGGCCCGACAUAGCUGAUCUGUUCAAAUGGCGGUAUAAGAGUCUAGGUCACCUGCCUCAACUCGAACAAGCUCCAGAAUAUAGACAAGCAAAUUCAGGGUUCGCAUUUGACUACCAAUUCAUCAACGUUGACGACUAUCAAGGCACUGGGGAAAGAGAACCAGCGCCCCAUUUUAUACAAAAUCUUGGAGAAGCAGAAUACGCUGUGGCCUUAUAUCAGUACAUGCGACUUCUUGGAUACCCAGCUUCCAAGAUUACUAUUCUUACUACAUACGCGGGACAAAGAGCUCUUAUAAGGGAUAUUCUAAAUCAUCGCUGUGCGAAAAUUCCGAUAUUCGGCAUGCCUCGGAUGGUCACGACCGUUGAUAAAUAUCAAGGCGAGCAAAACGAUUAUGUGAUCCUUUCUUUAGUUCGUACGCGAACGGUUGGUUAUCUACGGGAUGUUCGCCGCCUUACCGUUGCAUUGUCGCGGGCUCGACUGGGCUUGUACAUUCUCGGACGCCAAGAUAUCUUCGCGUCAUGUUAUGAACUUAAGCCAGCCUUUGACUUACUCGCCAAGCGUCCCAAUAAGUUGAUGCUCGUUCCUGGAGAGAUGUAUCCUACAAAGCGGCUGCAGGCGGAUAAUGUGGAGGGCACGCCGAUGGAGAACCUUGAGCAUAUAGGUCAAUAUGUCUUCGAAAUGACACAGGCGAAGUUGAAAGCAAUAGGCGACGUAAACGUUGCUAUCCCCACCGAAUUUCCAGAUGGCGAUGUCGAGGAAAUGGAUGAGGAUGAGGUCAUGGUGGGCGGGGCUGAUGACGACGAAGAUUUGACUGUCCAACAACGUGUAUAA